GGGCAGGUCCAGCUGGACAGGAAUCCCUUCUCAAACAACAACUUAGUAUCAAAUCACAUUUCAAUCAACGCUACCGACGGAAAUCCAUACUAAAAUAGGCACAAGGAAGUUACAAUGGCUACCUCUUUCCAACCCAAUGUGCAUUACACCUUUGGCUCUCCCCUCUCCCCGAACUCACUAUUUGGCCCCCGCCGUGUGUCGAGUAUCCUGGAACACAACAAUGCGUCUAACGGGCCGAUUCAGUCUCCUCCAUCCAGAAGAAGCUCAAGGAAGUCGAGCUCCGGAGAGGUUUCGCAGCUUGCGGACGUUGUCAAUUCACUUACCCGUCAGACUACAGAUGGAAUGGAUUCUGUUCUCUCGACAAAGCUCAUGAAUGCCACGUACCCGGUGCUAUUGGAGUUCAUCCGCACUGAACGAAUGAGCAAGCUUCCUCCCGAAGGAAGUAGUUACGAUAGGGUCCUGGUAUGGGCAUCUUUGUUUGUGGAACGACUCCAUUCCUUCGAACUGGCUAUCGAGGAGUUUGCCGGGGAUAGUCCCAUGGCUGCACAGCUUGCUUAUGGCCAUUGUGCAGUCUUGCUGGAGCUCGGAGAGGAAAAUGCCUCGGCACUUAUGCUCCUCUUUGGAUUCUUCUGCAGCUGCUCAAUGGGCUUGGUGAAUCUUUUGGACCGCGUCGAGUUGUUCUCCGUUUCGCAGGAUAUCAAGGACCAGCUCGUACUCGCGUUGGCCGACCUCGUCACCUUGGUGGUCUCUGUUGCGACGCAUUUCCAUAAGUCAAUCAAAAGUCUAACUUCAGAAUCGGUGUCUAUUGACAUAUAUGGCACAUUCCCCGGCCCAAUCGAAAGUUUUCGUAAUCGCUGCCAGCACGUUUCGGAGUCGAUGUGGAGACAUCAACUCACUCGCGAAGGUCUUGGGGGAGACAAAGUGUCCAACAUCAAAUCUAUUCAACACUGGCUCGAACCGGAAGACCCUGUUCUCGCCAAUAUGGUGGAAUCUAUGGCACAUCUUGCCCAGGAACGAGAGGAACUAACAUGCCUCUGGUUGACGCCCUAUUUGACUCGAUUUAUGAAGGGCAACCAAAAGACACUUGCGAUCAGUGGUAAGGCCGGAUCCGGCAAGACCAUAGCUUCCUCCGUUAUUGCGGAUAACCUGCAGUACCCUAUUGGAGGAGUUAGAUACACGUCAGUUUAUGUGCCAAUCAAUGGACGGGUUUCCGCCAGAACAUCGUCACGUGCGAUUGCCGAAACAAUUCUCCUCCAGGUUUUCAAUAAACGUAUUGGAAAUGUUGGUCUUUAUCAGAUUCUUGCGGAAGCGCACGAACGUUGUCAGAAGACGACGGAUGAAGAGCCAUAUGACAAUAUUCUUUGGAACGCUCUUGGUCAUGCCCUCGAAUCAAGCCUGAAAGGUGCCAAGGAGCUGGUACUAGUGAUUGACGGCUUGGAUGAAGCAUCCUGUGGGGAGCAGAACUUGUCGCAACGCCUGAAAGAAGCCACAACAAGCAAUGUCAAGCUUAUCACACUCGGCUCCCAGCAGCAGACUACAACCCCGGAUCAGAUAGGCCUUCGCAUCACGUCGGACCUUAUUUUUGACGAUGUUGCGGCAGUUGUCCGGAGUGUACUCCGACACAGUCGGGCUUUCACGGAAAUGUCAGAGGCCAAGCAAGAAAUUGGUGUGAACAGAAUCACUCAAGCCGCGGAUGGUUCAUUCUUGUGGGCGAAGCUCGCCGCCAAACGGGUGGUCGGAGAGAGCCCUCACAAUGCACAAGCAUUCUCGAAGGCUGUGGAAAGCCUUGCCAGGCCGGGACAGACCAUUGCAGACCUUGUGUCUCCCAGCCUGUCGCCAAAGUCGUUGAACGAGGAUGGAAGAAAUGUUUUGGGCUGGCUUGCCUCUGCUGCUCGUCCUCUUUCCCAGCAAGAGCUUUCAUCCCUUCUCGCCAUUCAAGUCGACAAGGGCAUCAUUAGAGACCAGAGCACGGACAUGUCCCAGAUCCUCAAACCAGUCAGCUCAUUGGUGUUCAUUCAAAAUGACCUUGUGUAUCUGCGACACGCGCAAAUAAAGGCCGCCAUUGUAGAGAUCCUGUCUCACGGCAAACCCUCGCAAGGUGUGAGGGAUCGAAACCUUGAUUUGGCACAAAGAUUGCUAGUUUACGCCAAAAAUCGGGUUACCAAAGACCAGGAGCCCUCUUUGGCCUCGCUGGAUUCUCAUUUCACUCGAGGUCUGCUGGAAAAGCAUCCCUUGCUUGAUUUCGCCUUGCGCUACUGGAUUGACCACACAAAGAAUGCGCUCACCUGUAACACCGAGAGCGAGAUCGCAAGUGCAGCAAAGGAACUUCGUAACGUCAUUCCUACCCGUACGGCUAUUCCUCUGUUGGAGAUGACAGUCUGGGAGACGAAGCCAACACCAGUCGUCAUGUCCUUGCAUGACAUUCAAACUCGCCUCUAUCAGCAGAUUCUCACGCCAAACCAUCCUACCACCUUGCAGGCAAUCCUAUGCCAGGCCCUCUUCUACCGAGAAAUCCAAGAAUCCGCUCCGUCCAAAACCAGCUGGCUCUUCUACUAUGCCACAAAGAUCAGUCAGGAUGUUCUAUCGGUCAGCCACCUUGUGACAAUGCAGAUGGCCAAGAACUUUCUGGAUAUCACCGCAGAGCAAAUGACAGACUCCAAAACAGAGAUAAUGGUCAAGCGUGUGGAGGUGUUCCAGAUCUUGGUUGAGUGCUACAAGAUCCAUUAUGGAUCGACGAGUGAAAUCACCCUGACCACGAUGAAUCAGUUAGCAGAGCACUACCAGCUCAUCAAGGAUGAGAGGAGAGCGCAGGAGAUCACCAGGGAUGUCCAAAAAGCUUCCACUGUAGCUUAUUCCCACUGGAGCACCACUCGUCAGUCCGAAGACUCUCUGCGUGUGCAUCUGCACGGUCGGCAUGCCAAGCACACUGCUACGGGAGUAGCGCUUGAUCUGAAUGACAUUGAGCAGGAUGAGUUGAUUGAGUCAUCUGCUCAGUAUAGCCUCAAAUCUCGUAUUUCCCAUGCAGAGAAGCAGGUUUCUGAAGGCAACGUGCAAGCCGCUGAGCGCACAUACGUCGAAGCAUGGCAACAAACCAGUGCUCUGUAUAGACAUCAUCGCUCUGCUGAAUGGGAGCUGAAGAACGCCAAAGCGGUCUUGGCAUAUUCCAAGUUCUUACAGUCCCAGGGCAGGAGCAACGAAGUCGCGUCCGUCCUUGCGGGGUUCUGGCAGGAAUAUGAUCGAACCACGUCCAACUCGGAGGCUGUGGUCUCGCAGUUUGUGGAAGUCGCCAAAGUCAUGAAAUCUGUUGGUUUGUCCGUCCUGGCUCUGGAUGUCUUCAAGAGCUGUUCCCAGUUCUAUCAGAGCUCCGGCAACUAUCAGAAUGCUACCUACAAGAGUAUCCAACAAAACAUUCAGUCCACAUCUAAGGACGUGAUGCAGCUCGCAAGCUCGUCCAAGUCUACCGUUUCUGAGAAGACGCUGAAAGAGAUUGUCUACAGCGACUCAUUUGAUCAAUCGUCUGUAUCGGCAGCCAAUACUCUUGUUGAAACCUAUAUUUCUCAACACAGAUGGCAUGAUGCGACCAAGACCUUGAAGAGGGUGCUCCAGGCCAUCUGGCCUGCGUUCUUUGCCCCGUCUCUGCAGGAUGUCGUACUCCCGACUUCCCAAGUCGAUCACUGCGUCGCGCUAGCUGAACGUUUGGGCGAUUGCUAUCGUUCCAGACGGCGACCAACAAAGGAGGAAGACACCCGACUUCGGGUUUACCGUGCGGUGCGACGCGACCGUCAACCGGGCGAUAAAAUGCUUGACCGAACGACGACUUCCCUGCUCCGCGUUUAUCAGCGCACUUCGCAGACCGACAAGCAGAUCGAGCUGCACAAGGAAUUGCUUGAGGACUAUACCAAACACUACGGUGGUGAUCAUCCAACAGUCAUCAAGAAACUCUGGACCUUGGCAGAGCUCAGCCCAAGUCCAGCUUCCAUUGACUAUUAUCGACGCAUCGUGCAAGCACUCAAUAAGGACUCGGACACAUGUCAUCCCGAUGCUUUCGAGCCGCUCCUUCUAGUGUCCAACGAACUCUGGAACCACGCCCGGUAUGCGGAAGCAGUGCCGCACUUUAAGGUCAUGUUCAAUGCCUUACGCAAUUCCACAAUCAACCCGAAGCUCCACGACCAGGUUUUUGUGCGGACCAUGUUCAGUCGGUACGUCCAAUGUCUACGUGCGAUUCAAGCCGAUUCCAGCGUCCUCCACGACGUCGCUUCACAGUAUCACCAUGCUUGUAGGACCUUGUUUGGCUCGUCGGCAUCAAUCAGUAUCCAGGCUACCAUGACAUUAGCCAAUAUCUGUCAAGAGUCAAAGCGCUACGAGACCGAGGCGGUUCGUCUUUACGAAGAGCUUCUCCAGAUCAAAUCUGAUGAAGUGGAUCGUCACGAUGUCAGAGCCACACUGGAAGCGAUUUACGAAGAGCAGGCAGCUGCUGUAGCCACCAAGGCCGAAACCGUCAGCUCUGAGCAGAUGGCUCGGGUGGUUUCUAUCCGUAACAGACGUCUGUCGUCGGUUCGUUCGAAUUACGGAUGGGCCCAUGAAGAAUCCCUCACUGAGAUGCAGGAGUUGGUUUCACUUUAUUCCAAGAGAGGGCAGUCCCAGGCAGUCCUUUCAUUGCUCCGUGAGGGUACCGUGCAGACACUGUCUACAGAGAAGUCGUCAACACGAUUGACAGACGCGGCAAAGAGCAUUGCAUCCAGCUAUAUUGCCUCGGGUCAGGUUCAACAGGCGCGGGAGCUCACCCAGGAGCUAUACCGGCAGAUCAUUGCCAAAGAUACUAGCAACACUAGGUCUGUGAGCUUCGACUUGUCGUCUAAGCAACGCGAGAGCCUUGUGUUCCUCGCUCAGAUGGAAUACAGCCUGCGUGAUGAUUCUUCGGUCACUUUCAACGAGAUAUUCUCGUCCCUGGCUACAGAGUAUCUCUACUACGAGCAAUUUCGCACUGAAAUUUCUUCCAAGUCCAGCACCGUGCAGAGCGUGAUAACCUGUGCGUCUCGCCUAUACGGAUUCCUUCUAUCCCGGGGCCGUCAGUGGAGCGCAUCCCGAGUUGUUGACCAGUGCACCACGUACUUCUUGUCCACCGAGGGCAAGAGUUACGCCACAACUACGCAGGCGAAUGCAUUCGUGACAACCCUACUGUCCUACUUCACUACGCACUGGUCGUAUGACUUCCUCCGCUCUGUCGCCAUCGCCAGCUAUGACCAGGUCAUCCAGCUUCUCUCCAAGCAGCAAUACGAAGCAGCCUGCGACCAAGCACUCACUGCAUUCCACUACCUGCAGUCCCACAAUGGCUUUGCCUCCACCACGAUGAUGAAGCUCGGCUUCAAGCUCGGCUUGGCCAUCUCCGGCCGCGAGCUCUCAUCGUCUCUCGACCGCUCAACCCAGCAGGCCAUGCUCAACAGCUCGUCGACCAUCAUGCACGAGAUCAUGUCUCUAUUCAAGGCCCGACAGAUCGACCUGACUCAACUCGACCUGACCAACCUCAACAACCUCAUCGGCCUGCUCGACGACCAACACGACUACCAAAACCUCGCAUGGGUGCUCACCUCCCUCUGGAACAACCGCGACACCCACAGCACCUCUCAGCCAAAGUAUGUCCUUGCUCUCGGCCGCAUGCUGAUCAUCACCCGCUACCUCGUGGGCGAUUACUCCGGUGCAAUCCGCCUCGCCGAAGACAUCGUCUACAACUGCGCCCGAGUCCACGGCCCGCGACACCCGGCAACCAUCGAAAUGACCGUCCUUCUGUCUCAGAUGUACACCAGCGUGGCGCAGGGCUACCAAGGCCACAAAGAGAGCCGCGAGGUGGCCUUCCGGUACUACAAGAAGGCCGCAUCGCUGCAUGAGAACGCUCUCCGGGUGUUCGUCGACCCCACCGUCUCCGCGGACUUGGACGAGGGUUUCGAGUCGGGAUUCGCGUCCCCCGGUCGCUCUCCGAGCCCCGGCGGCGACGACGACGAGGGCAAGUACGUGCGCCAGCAUCUCCAUCUGUUGAAGCUCGCCGUGGAGCGAUUGGGCGAGUGGCCGAAGGAGUAUUCCGAGUAUGAGCGGUUGAGCUCGGAUGUGUUCAAGGCGUACAAGCAGGAUCUGGACGGCGUGGAAGGCGUGGAGAAGUGGAAUUUGAAGAACUUUGGAUCGGGGCGCGCUGAGGCCGCGGAUGAUUUGAUCAUGGCGAAUAGUGCCGGCGCCAGCAGGGGUGUCCCGUCGUAUCAGGAGCAGCAUGCCAUUGCUGUUUGA